AAUUUUCUCAAAUUCAAGUCACAAGCAUGCCCAGAAAGAAGAAAAAGUCCAUACUGGAGAAGAAACCCUCGCUAUUGUUCCUUGAAUCUCCACUGCAUAUCCAGCAUAAUGUGCCAACGCCUGUGUUGUGUGCCAGGCACCCUCCUACUGCUGACACUGUGCCAGUCGAGAACUUACAACAUCUUACCUGGGUCUCCCCUCAGUUUCGAUACUCUGCUGCUAGUACAAGUGAUUGUGGGAAACGUCAUACAAGACGCCGCCGUCACAGCAUAGCUUCCCAUAAAGUUCCACUGGUAUCAGACCUUCAACCAUGUAACAAGGAAAACAGAUUACAUAAUCAGACGGUGAAUAGACUAAGGAAGUACCGGUCACUGAAAUUUCUCGGAGACAGGACAGCUGUGCAGAGUGUGAUAGAAGAUGUUGAAGUGACAAUAAAUGAUCAUUAUAGCACUGCUUCAGAAAGUGAAGCUCCACAAUCAGGUGCAGAUGACAUAACAAACGACAGCCCAGAAAUAAACUGGGAUGCUUUUAAGAGGAGAAUAACUAGAUGUAGGACCAGAAGUGCCGAAUAUAACAAGCACUCAACAGCAUCUCUUGAACCCAAAUUAAAAAGGAAGAAGAAUGGAAUGGCUGUAAGUGAUCAGGAGCAAUUACAGUCUGGCGCUCCAGUAAAAAGAUUAUUCAGUGAUAACAUUCCGUUUUCCUCUUCUAUUUGCAUACCAAAAAUUGUGGCAAAAGCAAAUAUCAUGGAAACAGAACACACUGGACGUACUGAUGAUGCAAGACACCCUGUUUUGGACUCAGAUACCCAUGUAUCGGAAACCAGUGAAGAAGAGACAAAAUCUCCACACAUUCGUAGAUCUGACAGGUUACUGUUUUUGCAAUCUCAAAAAUUGCCAACUAAAGUACAAACAAUACUGGCACCUGAUACCCCUGAGUCUGAGUAUGGCUGGUCCAUACGGCAAAGACAGCUUAUUAAGGACGACUGGGGAGUAGAGUGGGGCUAAGGCAACGCUUGAACCCCUCUAGGUCUGCCUGCUGUACAACUGAGGCUGGUAGGCCGUUCCAAAGAAC